AUGGCUGUGGUCAUCCGUUUGCAAGGUCUCCCGAUUGUGGCGGGGACCAUGGACAUUCGCCACUUCUUCUCUGGAUUGACCAUCCCUGAUGGGGGCGUGCAUAUUGUAGGGGGUGAACUGGGUGAGGCUUUCAUCGUUUUUGCCACUGAUGAAGAUGCAAGGCUUGGUAUGAUGCGCACAGGUGGUACAAUUAAAGGGUCAAAAGUAACACUGUUGUUGAGUAGUAAAACGGAAAUGCAGAAUAUGAUUGAACUGAGCCGUAGACGUUUUGAAACUGCCAACUUAGAUAUGCCACCAGCAAAUGCUAGUAGAUCGGGACCGCCACCUAGCUCAGGAAUGAGUGGCAGGGUAAACUUGCCAACAACAGUACCCAACUUUAAUAAUCCUUCACCUACUGUAGUUACUGCCGCUACUUCUGUUCAUGAAAGCAACAAAAAUAUACAGACAUUUUCCACAGCCAGCAUAGGAACAGCCCCUCCAAAUAUGGGGGCUUCUUUUGGGAGCCCAACAUUUAGCUCGACCAUUCCAAGCACAGCCUCUCCAAUGAACACAGUCCCACCACCGCCAAUUCCUCCAAUCCCAGCAAUACCGUCUUUGCCACCGAUGCCGUCCAUUCCCCCAAUACCAGUUCCUCCGCCAGUACCUACGUUGCCUCCUGUGCCUCCUGUGCCCCCAAUUCCCCCAGUCCCUUCUGUGCCACCCAUGACCACAUUGCCACCCAUGUCAGGCAUGCCACCCUUGAACCCACCACCUGUGGCACCUCUACCUGCCGGAAUGAAUGGCUCUGGAGCUCCUAUGAAUCUGAACAGUAAUCUGAACCCUCUGUUUAUGGGUCCAUUGAAUCCUGUUAAUCCUAUCCAGAUGAACUCUCAAAACAGUGUGAAGCCACUUUCCAUCAACCCUGAUGAUCUGUAUGUCAGUGUGCAUGGAAUGCCCUUCUCUGCAAUGGAAAAUGAUGUCAGAGAUUUUUUCCAUGGGCUCCGGGUUGAUGCAGUACAUUUGUUGAAAGAUCAUGUAGGUCGUAAUAAUGGGAAUGGAUUGGUUAAAUUUCUUUCUCCUCAAGAUACAUUUGAAGCUUUGAAAAGAAACAGAAUGCUCAUGAUUCAACGGUAUGUGGAAGUUAGCCCUGCCACAGAGAGACAGUGGGUAGCUGCUGGAGGCCAUAUCACUUUUAAGCAAAGUUUGGGACCUUCUGGACAAACCCAUGCACCUCCUCAGACACUUUCCAGGUCAAAAUCAUCCAGUGGACAGAAGAGAUGAAGGUCAAGAUCACCACAGGAGGCUGGUUUUUGUGUUUACUUGAAAGGGUUACCAUUUGAAGCAGAAAACAAGCAUGUUAUUGAUUUUUUUAAAAAGUUAGAUAUUGUGGAAGAUAGUAUUUAUAUAGCUUAUGAACCCAAUGGGAAAGCAACUGGUGAAGGCUUCGUAGAGUUCAGGAAUGAGGCUGACUAUAAGGCUGCUCUGUGUCGCCAUAAACAAUACAUGGGCAAUCGCUUUAUUCAAGUGCACCCAAUUACUAAGAAAGGUAUGCUAGAGAAAAUAGAUAUGAUUAGAAAAAGACUGCAGAACUUCAGCUAUGACCAGAGGGAGAUGAUAUUAAAUCCAGAGGGAGAUGUCAGCUCUGCCAAAGUCUGUGCCCACAUAACAAAUAUUCCAUUCAGCAUUACCAAGAUGGAUGUUCUUCAGUUCCUGGAGGGAAUUCCAGUGGAUGAAAAUGCUGUACAUGUUCUUGUUGAUAACAAUGGGCAAGGUCUAGGACAGGCAUUGAUUCAGUUUAAGAAUGAAGAUGAUGCACGUAAGUCUGAACGCUUACACUGUAAAAAACUUAAUGGGAGAGAAGCUUUUGUCCAUGUAGUUACCCUAGAAGACAUGAGAGAGAUUGAAAAAAAUCCCCCAGUCCAAGGAAAAAAGGUAUUAAAGAUGCCUGUGCCAGGUAAUCCUCCAGUUCCAGGAAUGCCUGGCUCUGGAAUGCCUGGCUCUGGGAUGCCUGGCUCUGGGAUGCCCGGCUCUGGGAUGCCUGGCUCUGGGAUGCCCGGCUCUGGGAUGCCUGGCUCUGGGAUGCCCGGCACGGGAAUGCCUGGUGCCAGAAUACCUGGUGCAGGAAUACCUGGCACCGGAAUGCCUGGUCCGGGGAUGCCCGGCACGGGAAUGCCUGGUGUAGGAAUGCCUGGUGUAGGAGGUGAAGAGCAUGCUUUCCUGACAGUAGGAUCAAAGGAGGCCAACAAUCGGCCUCCAUUUAACUUUCCUGGUAAUUUUGGUGGGUCAAACGCCUUUGGGCCACCACUCCCUCCUCCAGGAUUAGGAGGGGCCUUUGGUGAUAAUAGACCUGGUAUGCCUUUUGUGGGAAACAGUGGUUUGCCUGGUCUAGGACUGGAUGUUCCAGGUUUUGGAAGUGGACCAAAUAAUUUAAGUGGGCCUUCAGGAUUUGGAGGGGGCCCUCAGAAUUUUGGAAAUGGCCCUGGUAGUUUAGGUGGCCCCCCUAACUUUGGAAGUGGUCCUCCUGGUCUUGGAAAUGCCCCAGGGCACUUGAGUGGGCCACCAGCCUUUGGGCCUGGACCUGGACCUGGACCUGGCCCAAUCCACAUUGGGGGCCCCCCUGGCUUUGGAUCUAGUUCUGGAAAACCAGGACCCACAGUCAUUAAAGUACAGAAUAUGCCCUUCACUGUGUCUAUUGAUGAGAUUUUAGAUUUUUUCUAUGGCUAUCAAGUAAUCCCAGGCUCAGUGUGUUUAAAAUACAAUGAAAAAGGUAUGCCCACAGGUGAAGCUAUGGUGGCCUUUGAGUCUCGUGAUGAAGCCACAGCUGCUGUCAUUGAUUUAAAUGAUAGGCCUAUAGGGUCAAGGAAAGUAAAACUUAUAUUAGGAUAG